GUCUGUGUCUCAGCGGUUAAGGGUGGGUCUCCUCUUCUGUGUGCUGUGCUGCGACUGGCUGCUGGAGUCAGGAGAAGAGCGGGUGAACUCGGAAUCCGCCAUGGAUGCAGUGACGUAUGAGGAUGUGCAUGUGAACUUCACUCAUGAAGAGUGGGCUUUGCUAGAUCCUUCCCAGAAGAGUCUCUAUAAAGAUGUGAUGCUGGAAACCUACUGGAACCUCACUAGUAUAGGCUACAAAUGGAAAAACCAGAAUAUUGAAGAACAUUGUCGAAGUUCUAGAAGACAUGGAAGACAUGAAAGAAUUCAUGUUAGAGAGAAACCUGAUGAAUAUAAUCAAUGUGAUAAAGCCUUUGGACAUAAAUAUUACCUUCAAAUACAUGAAAGAAGUCAUACUGGAGAGAAACCCUAUGGUUGUAACCACUGUGGUAAAGCCUUUGCAUAUAAAAGUGUUCUUCGCAGGCAUGAAAGAAGUCAUACUGGAGAGAAACCCUAUGGAUGUAAUCAGUGUGAUAAAGCCUUUGGAUAUAAAUAUUACCUUCAAAUACAUGAAAGAAGUCAUACUGGAGAGAAACCUUAUGGAUGCAGUCAAUGUGGUAAAGCCUUUGUACGUAAACUUGAGCUUCAAAUACAUGAAAGAAGUCAUACUGGAGAGAAACCCUAUGGAUGUAAUCAGUGUGGUAAAGCUUUUGCAUAUAAAAGUGUCCUUCGCAGGCAUGAAAGAAAUCAUACUGGAGAGAAACCCUUUGGAUGUAAUCAGUGUGGUAAAACAUUUGCAUAUAAAAGUCAUCUUAAAAUACAUGAAGGAAGUCAUACUGGAGAGAAACGUUAUGGAUGUAAUCAUUGUGGUAAAGCCUUUUUACGUAAAGUUGAUUGUAAAAUACACGAAAGAGGUCAUACUGGUGAGAGACCCUAUGAAUGUAGUCAGUGUGGCAAAGCCUUUAUCCAUAAAGGUGCUCUUCUCAGGCAUAAAAGAAUUCAUACUGGAGAGAAACCCUAUGAAUGUAGUCAAUGUAGUAAAGCCUUUGCACAGAAGUAUCACCUUUACAGGCAUGAAAGAAGUCAUACUGGAGAGAGACCUUAUGGAUGCAAUCAUUGUGGUAAAGCCUUUUCACGCUCCAUGGUACUUGAAAUACAUAAUAGAAGUAAUACUGUAGAGAAACACUAUGAAUGUAAGCAAUGUGGCAAAGCCUUUGCAUGUAACAGUUAUCUUCUCACUCAUCUAAGAAGUCAUACUUUAGAGAAACCCUAUGAAUGUAAUGAAUGUGGUAAAGCCUUUGCACAGAAGAGAAGUCUUCACAGUCAUGAAAGAAGUCACAGUGGAGAGAAAUCCUAUGAUUGUAAUCAGUGUGGCAAAGCCUUUACACGUAAAAGUCAUCUUCUCACACAUCUAAGAUGUCACACUGGAGAGAAACCCUAUGGAUGUAAUCAGUGUGGUAAAGCCUUUGCACAGAAAAGUAGUCUUCAUAGUCAUGAAAGAAGUCAUAGUGGAGAGAAACCCUAUGAAUGUAAUCAAUGUGAUAAAGCCUUUGCACGGAAGAAUAACCUUCUCAGUCAUGAAAGAAUUCAUACUGGAGAGAAACCCUAUAAAUGUAAUGAAUGUGGUAAAGCCUUUGCAGAGAAAUAUAAGCUACUUAUUCAUGAAAGAAUUCAUACAGGAGAAAGACCCUAUGAAUGUAAUGAAUGUGGUAAAGCUUUUGCAGAGAAGAGUCAUCUUCUUGGUCAUGAAAGAAUUCAUACUGGAGAGAAACCCUAUGAAUGUAAUGAAUGUGGUAAAGCCUUUGCAAGGAAGUGUCAUCUUCUCAGUCAUGAAAGAAUUCAUACUGGAGAGAAACCCUAUGAAUGUAAUGAAUGUGGUAAAGCCUUUGCACAGAAGAGUCAUCUUCUCACUCAUGAAAGAAGUCACAAUGGAGAGAAACCCUAUGAAUGCAAUGAAUGUGGUAAAGCCUUUGCACAGAAGAGAAAUCUUCUCAAUCAUGAAAGAAGUCAUAAUGGAGAGAAACCCUAUGAAUGUAAUGAAUGUGGUAAAGCUUUUACAGGGAAAAGUACUCUUCACAGUCAUAAAAGAAGUCAUAGUGGAGAGAAACCCUAUGAAUGUAAUCAAUGUGGUAAAGCCUUUGCACUGAGGAAGAAUCUUCUCAGUCAUGAAAGAAUUCAUGCUGGAGACAAACCCUAUGAAUGUAAACAAUGUGGUAAAGCCUUUACACGGAAGAGUCAUCUUCUCAGUCAUGAAAGAAGUCACAAUGGUGAGAAACCUUAUGAAUGUAAUGAAUGUGGUAAAGCCUUUGCACAGAAGAAGUAUCUUCUCAGUCAUGAAAGAAUUCAUACUGGAGAGAAACCUUAUGAAUGUAUUCAAUGUGGUAAAACCUUUACACAAAAGAGUAGUCUUCAUAUUCAUGAAAGAGUUCAUACUGGAGAGAAACCCUAUGAAUGUAAUCAAUGUGGCAAAGCCUUUACACAGAAAGGUAGUCUUCAUAGUCAUGAAAGAAUUCAUGCUGGGUUUCUAUGAAUGUAGGCAGUAUGGUAAAGCCUUUGCAAUGAAGAAUCAUCAUCAUAGUCAUGAAAGAAUUAAUUCUGGA